GGUAAAAAAGAAGUUGAAAUUGAUCCUGAAAUCUUGGUCACAGAUGUUUUAAGUGAUUAUGAUUCAGAUAAGGUAAUGUUUACCCAGUCCUUACAUACUGUAGCAGCUUCAUCUUUCAAAAAUCCAUAUUUUCCAUACUAUAAAAAUUGCAUCACUAAAUCAUAUCCAUACUUUUUUCCAUAUUGUGAAAAUUGGAUUUCCAUUCUAUAUCCAACGAACAUCCAUACUAGUUUCAUAGUAAGGAUUUGGAAAAAAUUUCCAGUGUUGCCAAUUUGUGACUUCAGUUGUGAGGCCUGAUUUAGUGUACCUCUCAAAAUCACUUUGUUUUUGCUUUACUCUUGAUUGCCUCUUUAUGCUGAUCAUUUCAGGAUGGUUUUGUGACACUGGAUGAAUACAAGAAGUGGGCAACGUCACAGUCACUCUCCCGUCUUGUCUUGGAUAUCUUAUUUCAGGUUUCCUUCUGUUUAACUGUGUUUUAUAAAUUGAUCAUUUUAAUUCCAUUGUACUCCUACAAGACAAUGAUUCUACAUCCUCGACAAGCAUGGAAAUAAUUGCAGCCUUUCUUUGAUCCUAUGCCAAAGGGCAAAGAAUUUCUUUGAAAACAUGCUCAGGUGGUCAAAUACAUUUAACAAGACUUAAACAUUCCAGAACCAUCCUCAGAGAUACGAAAAACCAGUUUCAUAUUACUCUAAACAUUCACUCAUGCAGCUGUUAAUUAAACAACAGCUGUACUUAACUAUUAACAAAAUCCAUCAAAUUGAUUAAUGAUUAAUUAAACCGGAUAAUCUUAAUUAUUAGAGCGUCUGUCAGGUUAUCAGAAGAUUAUGCGCUUCGAUUCCUGUCAGGUCAAAUUGUAGCUAUAUUGCACAUUGUUAAUUCAAACCCUGUCCUUCAUGUUAAUAAAUUUAUUUUAGAUAUGUCAUGUUGUAUUUGGCUUAAGACCGGCAACACGAAAGGAUGAAUAUCAAGUGAUUUGGUAAGGUUGUAUCUCUUAAAUCUCUUUUUGCGGCUAUCGCGAGUAAAUGUCGUAUUUGUUCUGCAUUGUUGUUGCCUUUUGUCUACGUUACGUAAGGAAAGCGAUGGUGCAGUAACACAACGACCUAAUAUACAAUUUCUCUGUGAUUACAUAACAUCGCUCUUUAUCAAAAAGUUUGUUGCAAAUUGUAGCCAAAUAUCCACGCCCUUGAAUUUGUAUGAACAAUAUUUUUCCAGGGGUUGGCUGGAUCGGGAGAAUUUCCGAGGCUUGCAGCCAGGUACCACUUGGUUUCUCAUCGCCAUGGAAUGGUGGAAGAAAUGGAAGGAAUUCAUUGGACGGCAAAAAUCGGUAAAACUUCCCUUUUUAACAUGAAUAUUUCACGAAUAAAUAAGAGCUGAUUCUUUUCUGUGUCGUGCGAUGAAAAUCAGAUUGACGUUAUGGAGGUCAACUGCUAGCUCUACAAACAAAUAGUACGGAGUACGCAAUCGUCUUCCUUAAAAUUUUCAGUUGCGAAUUUUUUUGUAAAUCUGUCAUCGUUCAUAAAGGCCCAAUACAGACUGAACGCGAUUGGACAACGCGACGCGAAUAUAUAUAUCUAUAUAUAUAUAUAUAUAUAUAUAUAUAUAUAUAUAUAUAUAUAUAUAUAUAUAUAUAUAUAUAUAUAUAUAUAUAUAUAUAUAUAUAUAUAUAUAUAUAUACACACUAGGGUACUGUCAUGUUUAGGUUAUGGGUAAAUAUUGAGAUUUUGUUGAAAUUUUUAAUUCGAGUGUUUUUAGAGCGUAUCAUUUUAAUGAACGAUCAUUUUGGUAUCUAGACUGUUGCGCGUAGUUUAUCGACAAGUGCAUUGGAGAAGAAUGGGGUAAGUCCGCUGUCCAGUACACUCUCGUCAUCUGCAAGUCAAGCAUGGGAUAGAAUGGAAAGUUCUCAACGUAAAGUGAUGGUCGGUAGGAGGUUAUCUCAACCACAGCGUUCCGUUGCACCAUUGGUUGAUGUAAAUGGAAUCAAUAUUUCCAAACCUGGUACCAUGGAUAAUUCAUGUCUCGUUGAACAAGAUGUUCGCAAGGUAUGUAGAAGAAAAUUCUCAUGACAGUAAAAACCCGCGCAAAAGAAGCACUGUUUUUGUAGUUUUUCUAAAACAGUACAGUCUAUAUCAAGAUUUAUAUGAUGGUCUGAAAACUUCACAGAAGUCAUUGUAUUAUCAGUUAUGCCAUCAUUCGGAGAUGAACCGCAAUAAACGCUAAGACGUUCAAAGCUAACUUUCAUUAACUGUUUCGACUGUUUCAUUGGUCGGAACUCCACUCAAAGUUUUAAAAUAGUUGAGAAAAAAGUGCUACUUUGCACUGACAUCAGUAAAUGGUUAGACUUUUGCUCGGAUCCCGUAUAUCAAUUGGGCGACAACCUGAACUCCACGCUCAACAAUGAGCGAGAAACUCAAUGUAAUCAUAUUAUAUAAUUUUAAAAUUUGACUUUUAUAAUUGGACAGAUUCAAUCGCUGACUGCCGACGGCGGCAAAUUGAAGUGUUCCGUACCGUUGGUUCGAGGAAGAGAUUUUGAAAUUGUUCCUGAAUCUGUAUGGAAGGCACUGGUUCAGUGGUAUACGGGCUCACCAGCCUUACCAAGAAACGUGAGUUCAAUGAAUAAAAAUUUGAGCUGAAGCAAAAAGUUUUAUUAACCAUAUUACCAAAACCAUGGAUGCUUCCUUUCGCCCGAAAAAAACGUCUCAUGUCAAAUGUAACCCUGAAUGUUUUGACACGAAAAUAUGACGCGCAUAGACGUUGUAAACGUAGUUUAUAAUGAUUCGCAUGCACGAUGCAUAAUUUUUCUAAUAUUUUAGGUAAUUAUUGCAACCGAUGGCGAUCCUAGUCCUAUUUUGGAACUCUUCCCCAGGCUUCUAUUGCUCUAUCGUCACGCUCAACCUCCGGCUAAGAAUAGCUUCACCUCGUGGUCUGGCAUGGGAUUUGGUUUGAAUGGCUUAAAUUUUGGCCAAUCGUCUGGUGGGUCUGUUGCGCAGAUGAUCACACCGAAACGACAACUUAGCUACACGGCUGUGUUCAGUAGAAUGAAUACUUUGCAACAGGUAAAAUAUCUAAUUUGGCCAUCUAGAACUGAACCUUUUUGCUGGAAUUCGAAUCGAAGAUGUUUAUCUGAGAUAAUUUCAACCGUGACUGUUUUUCUGAUGAUAAUGUAGUCGCUUCAUUAGCGAAAUAUGCAAUAAACUCUCAUUCAGCGACUUCGCUAAAACCGGGCGCCAUGUUUAAAAUUAUGAGCGGGAAAACACCAGCCAAUCAUACGCUGAGAUGAUAAUUCACCACUUGUGAGAACAUUCGUCCGACCAAUCGAAAUGCUGAGACGAUAAAUUUCACAUAUCGUCCGCCAUGAGUUUAUGUCACUCAUCUAUCUACUGCACGGAAAUCUCUAAAGUUACAAUAACGUCAUUUACCCAAUAGACGCCCAGAGUCGAAAUGAAAUGGACAAGAUGUCUGAUUAAAUUUGAAAAUUUCCGAUCAAAUUUCAUUUCGCUCAUUUCUUUUUCCGGCUCUACAUCGUUAUUCGAAGCUCUGCAAACCUGUAAGAAACUUCAAUAGAUACUUACCCUGUUGCAGCAAUGCUUAAAUCCACGUAUACAAUUGUUUAGUGUUAAAUAUUUUAUAUUUUUUAGCUUUUCGAAUUCUUAUGUCAAAGGCUUCGACUUAGAGCAGAAGACGUUCGACUGUGGAAUAUGGCUGACGAAGUAAGUUAUACGUAAUGCAACAGCAGAUCUACAGACAGGUUACGUUGUAGGUUACAUUAUGUUAUUUCCAUGCAAUGUACUGAAGAAUCCUAUUUAAUUAUAGAACAAUCUUCAGCUUCUUGAUGAAGACCAGUUUCCUCAGUCGCUCGAGGCGUUGGGAAUUGUCGAUCAACAUCCUAUAUUGAUUGAAAGUAAGGAAAUGGGGGGCGGGGGAGGGGGGGGGGUGAAAGAACAGAAUAACUUGAUUAAAGAGCGAGUUGCACCUAUUGAAACAACGUCUGCAUGUGAUUGGCUAAGUCAAAAUUUUGAAUAAUUUUGAAAUUUUUUCCCCGUGAAAACUAUGGAGCAUUUCGUUCAUACGUCGCGAAGGCGUUUGGUGUUGAGGUCUGCUCCACAGGAACCUCACCCUUACCUUAUGAGUGUGAAUUAUAUACAAAUUUUGACCUAAUUCAGUUUUAUUCAAGUGAGCUAAAAUGAACCGAAAAAAUUAUUUUGAUUUCGUGCAGUUCGUAACCGUGAUAUGAGUUGGCCAGAGGAAAUGACGUCAUUAGCUUUAAAUAAAGCAAUUCAAGACAAACGACCACAUGGUGAGUGACCUGUAUUGUAUCAGUUUGAAUGAGACUCCCAAAUUGCUGUGUCGACAUUGAAGAGACAUAAUAAAAUGUCUGUAUUAGAGAGGCACCGUAUUUGUCCGUAGUGGAAUGUCCGUAUUGGAAGAGUGUCCGUAUUAGUGAGGUAUCUAUAUUAGAGAGGUGUUCGUCGUAAAGAAGGGUGUGUAUGGGAGAGAUGUCUAUACUAGAGAGGUGUGUGUAUUAGAGAGACACCGUAUUAGAGAGGUGUCGUUAUUUCAGCGGUAUCAAUAAAUAGAUAUUGUGAGAUAUCACAAAAUAGAUAAUGUCUGCUUGUUUUUUGUCUGAUAGCGAUAAUUAAUAUAGUAUCAUUAUAUUGUUUAGGUAAAGGUAUGACUGGUCUAAGUAAUCUUGGAAAUACGUGUUUUAUGAACUCAGCAAUACAGUGCAUGAGUAAUACCGUACCACUGACCAACUAUUUCACGGGGCGCUAUCACCUAUACGAACUAAACAAGUGAGUCCUAUCCUAUUUUCCCCAACAGUCGCGUGAUUUGAGCUGUAAUAGCUCAAAAUACUGAUUGUGAUAUGUUCUUUUUAGAACAAACCCACUUGGUAUGAAAGGCAAUAUUGCAAAGCGAUAUGGCGAAGUUGUUCAAGAUUUAUGGAGCACCAGUUAUAGAUCAAUUGCACCUUUAAAAUUGAGGGUGAGUGUGAAACAUUUUCCACUUUCCGCAUAUGUUCUCCGACAAUUUCCGUCGAUCCUUUGUGUUGUGAAUUAUUGAUGAAUUUGAGAAGUAUUGUUUUAAAAAGUAAAAUUUUGUGAUUCUUUUAGUGGACCAUUGGUCGGUAUGCUCCUCGCUUUAACGGUUUUCAACAACAAGAUUCUCAGGUACGUUUUACUUAUGACAACAGGACAGAGUGUGAUAAUAACAGAUAAUCCCUGAUAAUGACUCAACCAGUAGUCGAAACGUUGAAUUAUAGUGUGAUAUCUGUUUGUUUGCAAUAUGCUAUAAGAUUUCUCUAGUGGUUAUUUUUUGUUGUCAGGAAUUCUUGGCAUUCCUUCUGGAUGGCUUACAUGAGGACCUGAACAGGUAUAUAAUAUUUUUGUGUGAUGUUGCACCGUGGAAGCUGGAUAAUAACCGAGUGACACAAGACUUGUUUGCUUAUUUAUUUACUUAUUUAUUACUAGAGUCCACAGCAAGCCAUACGUUGAAUUAAAAGACAGCGACGGACGACCAGAUGAAGAGGUCGCUAAGGAGGUAUGUUUUAAUUGUUCGAUUUACCAACCUUACAGAUGACUAUUUAUGGUCAAAAGAUACUGAUCAGGAUUUUGAACAUCUCACGCAAUAAAGGAAAAUUUUUUUUCACCACUGCUGUGAAGAAUGACAACAGUGUUAAGGAUUGUGAAGAAUGACAACAGUGUUAAGGAUUGUGAAGAAUGACAACAGUGUUAAGGAUUGUGAAGAAUGACAACAGUGUUAAGGAUUGUGAAGAAUGACAACAGUGUUAAGGAUUGUGAAGAAUGACAACAGUGUUAAGGAUUGUGAAGAAUGACAACAGUGUUAAGGAUUGUGAAGAAUGACGACAGUGUUAAGGAUUGUGAAGAAUGACAACAGUGUUAAGGAUUGUGAAGAAUGACAACAGUGUUAAGAAUUGUGAAGAAUGACAACAGUGUUAAGAAUUGUGAAGAAUAACAACAGUGUUAAGGAUUGUGAAGAAUGACAACAGUGUUAAGAAUUGUGAAGAAUGACAACAGUGUUAAGGAUUGUAAAGAAUGACAACAGUGUUAAGGAUUGUGAAGAAUGACAACAGUGUUAAGGAUUGUGAAGAAUGACAACAGUGUUAAGGAUUUUCGAUCUGGGAGAACACAUAAUUGACUCGUUUUUUCUUGCGCGUAGAAUGUGAUUGCAAACUCGUUGUUUGGAUCUUUAUAUCAUGAGGUAUUCUUUGUCAUUUUCCAGGCAUGGGAUAACCACUUAAAGAGAAAUAAAUCAAUCGUCGUGGAUCUAUUUCAAGGCCAGGUAAUGUAGCAAUAUUUAACAAUUAUUCGCCUCAGGCUCGGUGAUUAUUGAGGAAUAUUCGCCGAGAUGAAGUCAAGGUGAAUAUUCCCCGAUAAUCACCGAGCCUGAGGCGAAUAAUUGUUUUAGUAUUUUUACACAACUCUUUUGUGUAAUACCCCCUCCCAUUCGGAAUCCCGUGCUAUUCCUUAUUAGAAGACAGGUGAAACGUUAAUACCAAAUAUUUUUUUCUUUUAUAGUUGAAAAGUUGUGUACGCUGUUUAGAAUGCAAUCAUGUCAGUGUUCGUUUUGAUCCUUACACUUUCCUAUCUCUCCCGAUUCCGAUGGAUAAUUCCAUAUAUGUCGAAUGUAUUGGUGAGUUAUGAUUUCAAUUUGUUCGGCUUUGUUGAAAACACCGCGUGAAUUUAUGAUUGCUUUUGAUCCACAUAGAAAGGUUCUAUGUUCUCUCCAAACCUGCCCAUGCUAUUCUCAUCAUUUUAGCUUUAUAAUUCGACGAUUUUAUUAUUCCCUGGUGAAUAAGUACACACGUUAAAACGCACAAGUUGUUACAAGUCUGCAAACAAGUUGUUACAAAUCUGUUCACAAGUUGUCGACAAGUUGUGUUCGCACUGCUUGUUCCCAGUUGUUGUAACAAGUUUGGAACAAGCUGUUAACAACGUGUAACAAGCUUGAUGGCAUUAUCAGACUUGUUACAAGGUUGUUCUAACAAAUCUGGUACAACCAUGACAUAACAAGAAUGUUACAAGGUUGACAACACAAAGUUGUAACAAUACUGCUGUAUCGCGACUGUGUCGGACUUGUUGGAACAGUUUGUUCCAAACUUGUUGACAACUUGGGACAAACAGUGCGAACACAACUUGUUGACAGACCUACUACAACAUGUGAGUUUUUACACGUUUAAUCCAAAGGAGACAGUCGAAUUUCGUGACUUUCACCUGAUACGCUCUUGUCCAAUGAAAUGCAAGAAAACAUGAACUUUGACAUUUGAUAUCUAAUAAAUAUAGUUGUCACCAAUUCGUUUGUAAAGUUCAUUAUAUCGAUACAAAAAUGUAAACAAAGCUGUCACAUGCGAGGACUGUAGCACAUCUGAGCAGGGGCUGACUUGUAAUGUGUGACGAGUGUUUAUCAUCUCGUUGAUGUAGUGGUCACACUUGAUGGUUCAGUGCCAAUUAAGUAUGGUUUGCUGUUAAAUACGGAUGACAACUACAAAAAGUUGAAGAAACAACUAGCAAAACUCUGUUGUCUAACUCCCGCUCAACUAUUAAUGGCAGAGUUAAUUGGUGCAUCUAUUAAGGUAAAUGACCUGAUUGAUUUAUUAAUAUACGAGCGAUAUAGGGUUAACCCUGGAUAUACUUGCUUUCCUAUAAGCAUCCAGAGUUGCAGGAAAGCUGCGCACAUGCGGGUAGCAGCCAUUUCAAGUUUUGGAUUUUGAAUUAACCCCUUGCUGCGUGGUCUAUAUGAUUCUUAGUUUUUCAUUUCUCUCAUAGGGUCAACCCUCGGACGGCCAAAAAGUACGUUCCAGUCUAUCAGGAAUCUUGUAUGCAUUCGAGAUCCCUUCCCCCCCGGCUGUGGUGGAGAAUACUCCUCCAAGCAUAGAAGUUGUUACCACAGGUGAAGCUACUAAUAAUGUACGGACGGAGGGUGAUGUACCCACGCCGGACUGUGCCGGUGGAAACGACAGAGGCCCUGUCGAAAGACCGAACGAGGCACAGCCUUGCGAAGUCCGAAGAGCAGAGCUUGUACGAAGUCCAAGCCGAAGUAGCAGCGAAAGAAGUUAUGGUGGUUCCCUAAAACUCCCGUGUCUCAGUCGACAGACAUCGGACGACGACGAUGACGAUGGUAUCGAAGUGGGCUCGGAAGCGUCGGGGAAAAGCAACAUGGGAUUAUUGAAACAAUUAAGUCCUAGGUUUAUACGAAAACUUACCAGUAAGAAAUCAAUGAACGUUUGGAAUACGGCAGAAAACACGACGAAUAGCGAACAAUCUUUGAGUGGUAAAUCAACACCGGGCCACUCGCGAAAUACAAGCAUUUCAUCGACCUCUGGUAGUCCAGGCACAACGCAAUUUACAAGAAAACCCAGUGGGUAUUUAAUUGGACUACAUCGGAAACUGGUAAAUAUAGACAAACGUUCUUAUCGGUCAUGUUUUACAACAGCCGUUUAUUUCUUGUCAGCCUCUCUUCUCCUAGUAGAUUUGUGGUGAUGGCCGCUAUCAGCUUCAUUUAUACAUAGCAGGUACAUACAGGUACAGGCGGGUACGUAGCAGGUACAUACAGGUACAGGCGGGUACAUAGCAGGUCCAGAGAUCAGUGGCAGUUAUUUAACUUGUGUCUGUUUUGCAGAUGAGGAUGGAUGUAUAUUUCAUAGCACCACAGAAGAAUCGUCCAAGCUUAUUUGGUUGUCCUCUCGUCAUCCCCUGUACUGCAGGAACAAAGAACAGCGACUUAUACUUGAGUGUUUGGCAACAGAUAUCAAGAUUUGUUAGCGCACUGUCACCUGGAGAUGACUUGUGUUCUAACAGGUUGGUUACUUAAGGCCUGAUUCCACGAGGCGGAAUUUUUCGACCGAAACGAAAUUUCUCUCCGUCUUUUUACAAUUAGUUCUGCUUGAGAACUCAUGAAACAAAGAGAAAUUUCGAUUCGGUCGAAAAAUUUCGCCUAGUGGAAAACCGCCUUUAUGCCUCGUCCACAUAAAUCCGUUUUCUUUUAGGUCUCCGUAGGCCGUUACAAAAUUACAUAAAGUACGGAGUGAUUAACGACCGCUGACAAGCAUUUUUAACAUGAUUGUGGACUCGCAUUUUGCAAAAAGGCGGGAAUUUGAAUCAAAAUAAUAUCAAAUUAGUGACAUUGACAGGGAAUGUAGCAAUUAUUAUUUCACCGAAAAAUGUUGUUCACUCCUAUACAAGCGCUAUUUUUAACUUAGAGCAUAGUUAACCACGUGGUUAAAGUUAACCAGUAUUUAACUACAAAAUGAGUAGUUAAAUAGCAGUCAAGAGUUUUAUACAACCGACCCCUGGGGGUUUAUUGAUGAAGAAAACUUAAUACUAUAGUAUAACUUAAUGCGUAGAAAGCGCUUAAUAUAUUGUGCUGCUAAGUACAUGAUGGACUUCAGUCGGACUAAAAUUUUGAAUAAAUCGCAUUUUUAAUAUUUUCAGAGAAAAUGGGUACCCGUUUGAGUUAAAGAAUGUCACAGACAGUGGUCUCUCAUGUGCUGUAUGUCCGUGGUUUAAGUAAGUAUAUUAUCGCCCAUAUACGUUAUUCAAGUUCUGAAAUUGCACUCAUAAAAAUUUGAAUAUCCAGCGCUGGCUUUUCCCACAUUAACUUACUUUUUUUUAUAACAUUUUAUUACAUAUGAUAUUACAUAUGAUAGUCAUUGAUUGAAAUGUUUUAGGUUCUGUCGUGGCUGUACUGUCGAAUGUAACGAUGAACAGUUUAACUGCAACUGUGAAUAUCUCGCCAUUGAGUGGGAACCCACUACAUUGCACUUAAGAUAUCAGUCUUCACAAGAAAAGGUAAGAAUGAACUAGCCCGGCAUUCACCAUCAGUUCAAGUAUAUAUUCUUCACCACCAGUUCAAGUAUAUAUCCUUAAAAAUUUAUCUACCAGAUGUCCCCCAAAAAACUGGACACUGUUUGAUUUCAUGUAACGUAAAAGGUAUGAAAGCUAUCGCAAUGACAUAAAGAUCGUUGCAUUCAGAAAGGACUAACUUAGAUUUUGAUAUAUAACACUUGAAUUUACAUGCAAUAUUGAGCGAGAUACUACCAAAAUAAAAAGAUUUAUUAUUUAACAACAUUGGUAAUUACAAGGUUUUUUUUUCAUCUUCCAAAAAGCUUUCAACAUGUAUUUGUCAUGUCUUAGGUGUUCAGUGAACACGACAGCGUGGAGCAAAGUCGUCGUCUCCAGACGGAACCUAUUGAUCUGUAUGAAUGUUUUAAAGCUUUCACGAAGGAAGAGGAGCUAGGCGAAGAUGAAUUGUGGUCAGUAUAUGUCAUAUCUUGCUUAGUUCUCGAAAUAGUUAGACCAAAAUUAAUGUCCGCCAUCUUGGACUAAUUCUUGACCUCAUUAACUAUGAUUUUGAUGACGUCAGGAGUUGGGUUAACCAUCUAAAACUGCUCUGAAAUGACCGAGUAACAAUCCAAAGUGGAACAAAAAAAUGGCUCACGAUCCGCCGAGGAGAUUAGGGAGCUUAAGCAUGUAGGACGGCAACACGACGACGACGGCAACCAAUACAAUAAGUCAAUGAAAAGAAAUAAAUAAUUAAAGUCCCAGGGGAAUUUCAGACGUGGUCGUUGCUCUGUUUACAACGGCAAAUCACAGAUUUUCACGUCUUUUAUACAACGCCUGCAUUUCAAGGCGUAACAAGUGCAACUUGAAAUUCGGUCAGUAGAACUCUUCCCAAACAUAAAGCCAAUGUUUUCAACUUCUUAUACUGUAUUAAAUUCAUACGAAUUAUAAUAUACAACAAGUUUUCUUUACUAUCAUUUAUUUGAAGGAAUUUGUUUUGGCCGUCGUCCUCGUGUUGCCGUCCUACAUGCUUAAGCUCGCUAGUAACUGAACAGACAACGGCAAAAUCUUAUCUAUUUGUUAAGUGGACCUCGAAAAUUCAAUCUAUGAGAGAUGAACUUUGAAGAUCAUUGGCAUUGGUCUAGCAGAACCAAUGCUAUGUCUGUUUUAAAUAAAGUCUAGUUCAACCAAUGGACCGGUGAAGUCAUGCGUCAGAUGACUCCUUACUGGUUCUACUAGAUCAAUGCUUCCAUUAAGUUUAUAACGAUAUUCCUCUCAUCACAUAUUCUGAUAUAUAUAGGUAUUGUUCGAAAUGUAAGAAGCAUCAGCUGGCAAGUAAAAAGUUGGAUAUUUGGAGCUUACCUCCAAUAUUGGUAAGUGCAUUUGUAAAACAUUUUCAGAGCCUGGAAAAACGUUCAACCGACCAAGUUCUUAAAUUUUGUCGGAUAGUUUUUAGUGCAGAGUUUCUUUGAAACUGUGCACUAUUGUGAUGACUGGGAAAAUUCACAUCAGUCAGUCAGUCAAUCAGUCAUAGAGUUAACUUUCCGGGGGGUGUAUUAUGUGUAUACGAUUUAUGUUUGUAGUGAUUUAUUGUGCUUUGAAGGUUAUUUAGGCAAUUUAAAUUGUUUUAUUUAAAUAUUCUUUUGUUCUUUUGCCAAGUUCACAAAAAUUUCGAGGAAUCGUUGUCGUUAUUGUAAUUUUUUGUAAAUUUUAUAACAUUCGCUUCUGAUGUUGUGUGAAGGAUCUUUCCCCCGGAAAACCCAUUUUUUUUCUUUAGCAACGCAAAUGCGCAUGCGCUAUCAAGCAGUAGAUCACGAUGGCGUGACGAUGCUAGGAAGGAGCGCUGGAGCGACACAGUGUUGUUUUCAAAUUAUAAACAUUUUAGAUGUGAAUAUUGAGUAAAUCUUUGAGAAUCUACGCAAUAUAUAAAUCGAUGUUAUGCAUUACGGACAUUCAAUUAAGUAUCGAUAUUAUUUUGAGGGUACAUUCAUUGUACAGAGCUAGAAAGCAGCGAGACAGUGUUGUUUUCAAAUGUAUAUUAAAACAUUUCAGACGUCUAUUAUAUUGAGAAAAUCUUUGAGAUACUACGCAAUAUGAAUUGAUGUUAUGCAUUACGGGCUUUAAUUAAGUACCGAUAUUACUUAGUUUGACGGUAAAUACAUUGUACAGAGCUAGGAAGCAGCGAGACAAGUGUUGUUUCGAAAUGUAUAAACAUUUCAGACGCGUAUUAUAUUGAGAAAAUCUUUGAGAUACUACGCAAUAUAUAAAUUGAUGUUAUGCACGUAAUGCAUUCAAGUGCCAAUAUUAGUUUGACGGUAUAUUCAUUCUACAGAGCUAGGAAGCAGCGAGACAGUGUUGUUUUCAAAUGUAUAUUAAAACAUUUCAGACGUCUAUUAUAUUGAGAAAAUCUUUGAGAUACUACGCAAUAUGAAUUGAUGUUAUGCAUUACGGGCUUUAAUUAAGUACCGAUAUAUAUAACUUAGUUUGACGGUAAAUACAUUGUACAGAGCCAGGAAGCAGCGAGACAAGUGUUGUUUCGAAAUGUAUAAACAUUUCAGACGUGUAUUAUAUUGAGAAAAUCUUUGAGAUACUACGCAAUAUGUAAAUUGAUGUUAUGCACGUAAUGCAUUCAAGUGCCGAUAUUAGUUUGACGGUAUAUUCAUUGUGCAGAGCUAGGAAACAGCGAGACAGUGUUGCUUUCAAAUGUAUAAACAUUUCAAACAUAAAUAUUGAGAAAAUCUUGGUUUACGUGUCUAGCACAACGUCAACGGUGCAAACUCAUGUUCAGACUUCAGUGCAAGUGUGCAACGAGAACUCUACCAGAUCUUACGAGAAUCUAUCUGUAUCAAAGCUUGUCAAAACUGCUAUAAACACUGCUAUAACUGUGAAACCAUUGAAAUAUUGAUUACAUGCGAAAAGCUGAAAAUGAAUCAUGAAUACAACGUGACCUUCAAAGUAACUCAAAGGUCAGUGAGCUUGUUAUUGUGAUACGUCACAACUAGGUUAAAAUGCGGAAGCGGAUGCGAAACGGAGCGGAUCCACGGAACGGAUAUGGAGAUAAAAUGCGGAACGGAACGGAUUUGAUAAAUCCUCUUUUUUACGUUUCUGUGUUUUAGAUUUAUGUUGUUUUUUUUUAAUGGAAUACAACGUCGUAGUGCUUAUUAGUGUGAAAAAUCGUCGUAGUGUGAAAAAUUGAAAGUUUUGCAUUUUGCACAGAACUGGCCACUUUCUGUAAGAUGUCCGCUGACAAUACAAGCCCGCACAAGUGGGAGUACUUUUGCUAAAUUGGACCAACGUGUUAUUCAUAACAUAUCUUAUACAGCUAUUUCAAUUAAAGUUGUGACUGGGACAAUAGUCAAAUGUACAAUAUGGGCGCUAAAACGAUGAUGGCAUUGGCAAUAAUCAUAGAUUUAAGUACUAUUUAAAAACGCGUAGGAGUGUUUUACCACAUAUAAAACACGACGCGUAGCGGAGUGUUUUAUAUGUGAUAAAACACGACUACAAGUGCUUUAAAUAGCUUCAAAAACGACUCAUCUUAUACGAGUUCAUUGGCGAAGUAAUUUUUAAAAUAAACUUUGUCUAAACCGAGAAAAUCAAAGCUAAAGUUUAUGUAAAUUAACGUCAUUUUUUAUCACAUAUAAAACCACGACACGCUUAUGAUUUUUCUUUGUGUUUUUCCUGAAUUAUUAAUGAGUUUUUGAAAUAAGUUUAGCAUAUCAGUAGCCUUGUGGGGAUACUUGGCGACAGCUUCAAUACAUUGUGUCAGUUCCACGAAGCACGAUGUUUCUGAUGUGUUAGGCUUGUUUUAAACGUCGGGUUACUCGUGUGCCGAACGCAUUGAAAACAAUAGAUAAUUAGAUGAAAUGCCUAUGAUAACUGUUUAUUUCGUAGUGUAACCCAUGUGACAACAUGUAAUUAAGGCUAUAAGCCACGCUUGAAAAGCUAUUCAAUUAAUAAGCAUGCCUUAUAGCGUUUGUCUUUGAAACUCUGCACUAUCCUUGGAUCCCUAGUUCGAUUUCAUUUUGACUCCUGACGUCUAUUGGGUAGAUCAGGCCAAUAAAUAAUGGUAGGAUAUACAUUAUGAUAGAAAAGAAAUGAAUAAUUAAAGUCCCUCGGAGUAUUAGACGUCUUGUAUAUAACGUUUCAAGCCGCGGCAAAUUGGCUUCAGUAGAAGUCUUCUCAGCUAUAAACCUGUCUAAUCUCCUAAACCUGUAUUAAAUUCAUACAACGGAUGGUAAUUACACGAUAAUUUAUUUAUUUGAAAGAGUGUGCUUUAAGGCCGUUUUCCACUAGGCGAAUUUGUUCGCGCGACGCGAAGCGAAAACCGAAAUCCGGCAACGUGAUUGGUUGGCGAAAAAAUUCGCGGCGAAAAAGUAGGAUCGCUUCCUACUUUUUAUCUGUUCGCGCGAAUAAAUUCGCCUAGUGGAGAACGGGCUUUAGCCGUCGUCGUCGCGAUGUCGUCUUACGUGCUAAAGAGUAAAGAUCCCUGUAUUUUUCCAUACGGUUUUGUCAGCAUUCCAGCUCACAAGGAACUUAUAGUUUUUAAACUGUUCUUUCUCUUUAAGAUAAUACAUUUGAAGAGAUUCCAAUUCAUGAACGGUCGGUGGGUGAAAUCAAACAAAAUCGUCAACUUUCCUAUGGAGACGUUUGAUCCAUCGGAAUUCGUCGUGAAACGAUCGGCCUCGACGGGCAAUUUUGAGACGGGAGAGGAUAGUACAUUUGUAAGAACAGUCAACGUUCAGACAGUUGUCGAGGAUACGUUGCAGCAACCAGGAGAACAAAUAACUGUCCAAACGCAUUCUGAUAAAGUAAGUGCCUAAUUUGUGGAUGAUAUGGUUUAGUAAUUUAAUUAACAAUUAUUCACCGAAACAGAGGGGAAUGCUGUAAGGAUAUACCGCAACAAAACAAAAAUGUGACAACUUGGUUAGCGCCUAACCUAUCGAAGGGGAGAUGACUGUAAAAGUCAUUACAAUAACAAUAUAACUUAUUUGUGUGAUGUUACUCUGAGUGUACCUGUAUAUCCACACUGGACAGGCUUGAAAAAUAUGACUUACCACGGUGGGAUUCGAACCUACGACCUUUGGAAUACUAGCCCAAUGCUCUGCCAACUGAGCUAUACGCGGUCAGGUAUCCCAAAGGUCCUAGGUUCGAAUCCCACCGUGGCCAGGCAUAUUUUUAAAGCCUGCCAGGUGUGGAUAUACACUCAGAGUAACAUCACACAAACAUCUUAUUCACCUGAGUACAUUACACCAACACAGCAAACAAUAUAAUUCAUCUAUGUUAGUCAACGUUUAUCAACAUGUUGAUAAACGCCUGUUACGCAGGCUAGAAAACAAACGGGUUUUAUUUAUUUGGUUUUAUUUAUUUGUUUAUUUUAGACGCUUGUAACCUCAGAGAGGCAACACAAGGGAUCAAGUGAUUCAGGUUUGUCAUCCAACUCGUCAGGUUAUUCCAGCAAUGAAUCCUGUGUUGUGAAUGAAGGCAAUGCUGACAUCAACGAAGAUUCUGACUGUUCGUCGCAAUCAGUUAGCAUCGACAAACACUCUGAAACACAUUUAAAUGAGGACACACAUUCACGUUCUACAGAAAAACAUUUAAAUAUGGAGAAGAAUGCUGGCAAAAUCCACCCGAUUGUUAAAGUAUCGAGUGAAACAACGCCAGAAAAAGACGAUGUAGAAAAAGACUGUGAAUCGGUAGAACAGCAUGUCUCUUGUGAGGAAAAAAAUGAAUUGGAUCGUAUAUCUAGUUGUUCUUCUACAAGCAAGACAAGUGAUGUAAACUGUGUAGGAAUUAAUAGUGUGGACACAUUUAAUGAUGUUUCGGUUGUCGCUGAAAAGAAUGUCACCCAUGGUGGUGAUUCUCACAUGUUGUACAAUUUAUAUACCAUAUCUGUAAGUAUAUUAAUCUUUUUUUAAGGAUGUAAUUUCUUAAACUUACUAUUGGUAUAGGUAAUCGGAUGGUUUCGAGUUCAAUUUGGAUAAAACGUGCACGAGUGAGUUUUUCAAAGAGCGUCAAAAUGUUAUUAACAGGAAAAAGGGGCGGUGAAAGGGAUAAUCAAACACAGAACUUACGAUGUGAUGUCAUGCGCUCGAAUGAACGCCCACAUGCAUAAUAAAUGUUUUACCACAUUAAUUAAAGUUUCUUUAACUGAAAUCACAUGUCACUUUCUUUGUCAGAGCCACACUGGCGUGAUGGGAGGUGGUCAUUAUGUUUCGUUCUCAAGAAAUCCAAACUCGAAAUGGUUCUGUUUUAAUGACAGCAGUUGCAAGGUUAGUAUAGCGAAAUUGUAUGAUUAAUAAAUGAAUAAUUGACCUAUAGUGAUAAUUACUAAGAGCUAUCAAUAAUAUGUAGUAAUUAUCAACAUAUGUAAUCAUUAAUAUUAUUAAUAAUAUAUAAUUAUUAAUAAUUAAUUAAAUUAAGAAUUACGUUGAUACAAACAAUUAAAUUGAUAUUAAUUAAGUAAUAAUAAUAAUAAUAAUAAUUAAUGAAUUAAUGAACAUUUUGGGAACGUUCAAAUAUUGCCUUAAUUACUUGUGACAUAUUGUCUUAAUUACUUGUGACAUAUUGUCUUAAUUACUUGUGACAUAUUGUCUUAAUUACUUGUGACAUAUUGUCUUAAUUACUUGUGACAUAUUGUCUUAAUUACUUGUGACAUAUUGUCUUGAUUACUUGUGACAUAUUGUCUUAAUUACUUGUGACAUAUUGUCUUGAUUACUUGUGACAUAUUGUCUUAAUUACUUGUGACAUAUUGUCUUGAUUUAUAGACCAUAUGACAUAUUGUCUUGAUUUAUAGACCACCAUAUUCUACAAAUCACCCGGUAACCGUGAAUGCAUUUAUUGUUGAAUUUUCGCAGUACUUGGAGACUAUUAUAAUGUCGACGGAUCCACUUAUUAUCACGGGUGAUUUUAAUAUUCAUGUGAAUUCAAAAACAGACGGUGAUAGUCUGAAGUUUGUCGAUCUGCUAUUGUCCAUGGGUUUACAGCAACAUGUCGAAUUUUCUACACAUGUUUCUGGAAACACUCUUGACCUGGUAAUUACUCGAGAGGUGGACCCUAUUUUGGGAUCACCCCCUCGUCCGGACCACCUUUUCUCUGAUCACAUGGCUAUCUCAUUUGGGCUUAAUUCUUCCAAACCACUUCCUUCAAAGAAAUGUGUAACUUACAGAUCAUUGAAAUCUAUAAAUAUUACUAGUUUUAUGAAAGACCUGGGUGAAUCAAAACUAUGCCUGGAUGCUCCUACACAACUUGAUUCCUUGGUAAACUGCUAUAAUAAUACAUUAUCUUCUGUUCUGGAUCGCCACGCUCCGCUGAAGAGGAGAAUUGUUACCUCUAGGGCUAUGGUGCCAUGGUAUGACGAGGAAAUCAAACUUGCAAAGAAGGAAAGAAGGAAAGCGGAGCGGAAAUGGCGGACUACAAAAACGACGGCAGAUUUUAAUAAAUUUAAAUCAUUGAAAAACCAUUGUACUCAAUUAAUGAGGAAAGCAAAAUGCUCCUUUUUCUCUGAUUUUGUCAAAGAAAACAGCAAUAACCAAGGGACUCUAUUCAAAGCUAUCAAAGGAAUGCUGGUUGAAAAAAAUGCAAUAAGUUUCCCCGGACGUAAUGAAACAGCUCUCGUUAACGAACUUGGCAAAUAUUUUGUUCAGAAAAUCUCUAAUAUCCACUCUGAGAUAAACAACGAGAUUUCUUCAAAUAAUGAUGGUCACGUAGAUCCUCCAAGUGAUGACAAUGAGGAGUAUCCGGGUGAUGUAUCGCAUUUUGAUGCGUUCGAGCCCUUGUCUGAGGAUGAUGUUAGAAAGCUUGUUGUGGACUCGCACAAAAAAUCAUGUUACCUUGAUCCAGUGCCAACAGAUUUCUUGGUGAAAUGUCUGGAUGUGUUACUUCCUGUGAUUACAAAAAUAAUCAAUAUCUCACUUGAAACUGGGCACUUUCCUAGAGACUGGAAGGAAGCUAUCAUUCUUCCCAUAUUAAAAAAGUCUGGGCUGGAGUCCGCUUUUGAAAAUCUUCGUCCCAUCAGUAAUUUAGCAUAUAUUUCAAAGCUUAUUGAACGAGCAGUAUAUAAUCAAACGCACGAUCAUAUCCUUCGAUGUGGCUUUUAUCCAGUUUUGCAAUCUGCUUACCGGCGGUAUCACUCCACAGAGACUGCGUUACUCAAAGUACUCAAUGACAUUUUGUUGAGCAUGAACAGUCAACGUGUCACUCUCUUGGUUCUUCUGGACCUAAGUUCCGCUUUUGACACAAUUGAUCAUGGAAUUUUGCUGGAACGGUUAAGGUCAAAAUUUGGAAUACGUGGAACAGUUCUCAGUUGGUUUUCUUCCUAUUUGUCUGGUCGAAGUCAACGUGUUAUGCUAAAUGGUACCCUUUCUGAUUCAUCUGAUUUGAACUUUGGUGUCCCGCAGGGUUCGUGUUUGGGGCCUCUUCUUUUUAUAUUAUAUGCCUCCAAACUGUUCGAUAUUAUUAACAAUCACUCGCCAGAUUUACAUGGUUUUGCUGAUGACACUCAGUUGUAUGUGUCAUUCAAACCUGACUACCCAUGCGAUCAAUGUGAAGCGAUCUCGGUAAUGGAAAGCUGUGUCAACGAUCUUCGGAAAUGGAUGAUUCAAUAUAAAUUGAAACUAAAUGACGGUAAAACUGAACUGUUAAUAAUUAGAUCUAAGCAGCAACUGCAGAAACUUAACCCAUGCCAUGUACGUGUCGGGAAUGCUGAUGUCCUUCCUGUACCAAUAGCUCGUGAUCUAGGAGUUUGGCUUGAUUCAAAUUUAAAAAUGUCAUGUCAUAUAACAAAGACAUGUGGUGCCGCAUUCUACUGGCUUCACAACAUCAAACGCAUCAGCAAGUUUUUAUCUCGGGAAAAUCUGUUGACUGUUAUACACGCCUUUGUUACAAGUCGACUAGAUUAUUGUAAUGGUCUCCUGUAUGGUUUACCAAAUACUGAACUGAUUAAGUUGCAGAGGGUUCAAAACGCCGCUGCAAGAUUA